GGUUCUCGCGCUCUCCUGAUUGUAUUCUUCCGUCCAUCCUCUUGUUUCUCUCACUGUGACACUCUUUCAGAACCCUCGCGAUAAUCGAUUACGGAAAUGACGGUGGAGGUUGUUCCGCACCAGAAUGGCGUCGUUCUGGCAAACGGAGAUCUGAUCAACGGCAACUCUAACCCCGGCGUUGCCGCCAAGAAGUCUCGCGAGAGCGAACGGCGUCGUCGGAGGCGCAAGCAGAAGAAGAAUAAUAAGGCUUCCCAGGCGCAAACGGACUUGACGAACGGGACUGAUGGCGGCGAUAGUGAUGCUGGCGACGAUGAUGCUAAGGAGAACACUAAUCCUCAGCAUGUAGGUCUUCUCUCUUCGGUUGAGAUUGCUAGGGUUUGGGAGCUGAAAUUUGUUCAAAUUGUUGGUUCUUGCUAUGUUCAUGAUGUUUGUUCGUGAUUUGAAUGGAGGAUGAAUUUGAACUGUCCUAAAAAAAAAAAAAGGAAGGGAGUGGGAUUUGUGGUGCGGAAGAGCAGAAAUUAGGGUUUCUCUGUUAAUUUAUGUUGCAUUUAGGUGUGCUUGUUGUGUCGUUGAUAAGUAACUUGGGAAUGAAAGGAUAAGAGAAAA